AUGAAACGGAAGGAGGCGUGGCCCGCGCCCCCCCCACCGCGAGCUACGAGCGGAGGGGCGGAGUUUUCGGAGCUGCGCGCGCAGCGCGGGGAACCCAGCCCCGCCCGUGUUUGGGGGCGGGGCGAAGUCUUUUCGGGUGCGCGCGCAGCUUCGCCGGCGGCGGUUGGCUGCGUCCCUCACCGAAUUCCAGUCCCCGGGCCGAACCCGGGAAGCCGCGCUCGCGCCGCUGCCCUGGACCGCCCUGCGCUGCGGACUCCCCCAGCCCGGGGGCCUCGGACCCCAGGGCUCCGGAGGACGGAACCCGGGCUGAACCGAGGUUGCCGCGGGCCCUUCCGGUCCCCGCGGCCAUCUCCCAAAUCUGGCCAGUCUGAUGGGACCAGCGAGCAGUUCCUGAACAUUGAUAUUCAGAAACUGAAGGACAAGAAGGACAUGCUGGACAAGGAGAUCUACCAACUAAUGUCAGAGGGCUGCAGUGUGGAUGAACUGGAUGACCACAUCUCCCAGCUCCAUGAGUAUAAUGACAUCAAGGAUGUAGGGCAGAUGCUGCUCGGACAGCUGGCCAUGAUUCGAGGUGUCACCACCAAAGAGUUGUAUCCAGAAUUUGAUCUGGACAUGAAUGACUGAGCAGUGGCUCCCAGCCUCUUGUCCUCAGCCUACUGGGACAGCAGAUGUGGACAGGAAAAACAAUCAGAGCCCAGCCAGUGCACAUGCAACGUAUCCAGAGAUUUUAAAAUGCUGGAUUCUGUACAAACUUGAACAGAGCCUCAGGGUGGUAGAUAUUGUCAAUUCCAAGGUUCCUGUGGGUCCCGGUGCUGCUUGUUUCUGGACAUGUGCGUGCAUUUCUCCCAUUUUAAAAAUAUUUUUGGCACUUUAGAGGCUUGAACUCAGGUCCUCGUGCUCCCACUUGGAUUUUUCACUCAUGGCAGGUACUCUACCAUUGGAGCUAUGCCUAUAGUUCAGGCUUUUUGCUGAAUAAUUAGAGAUAAGACUCUUAAAUUUGUCUGUCUGGGCUGGCUCUGGACUAUGUUCAUUAUGUAACAUUUCCUAAUAAAAAUGUGUAAUCUUGGUAUGAAUCUC